UAGCAUUUGUUUGAAAUUGAAAGGUAAGCUUGUUAUUCUAGUCUAUCAUGUAGUAUAUUAAGAAUAAAUGAAUUUAAGGCAGAAAGGAACUACAUUUUAUUCGUCAGGGUUGUGAAAAGUGCAUUAAAAUAGUUAAAAAGAGCUAGGUUUAUGACGUUUAAAUACUGAUAUUUUUGUAUUCUACUGUGUAUCUCACAGACUGUUAUUAAUGCCAUUAACAAACAUAAUUGCUUUACGUGAUUCCUAAAACCUCAUCAUUUAAGAACUAGAGGUAAAUUCAGGUAAAAUCCUCAAAUCAUCUUGACUUACUUAAACAGCAUUUAAUGUUUGCUAAUGGAUUAUCAUUAUUAAGUGUUAUUUUUACAACAGAAGAUUGUUAAAUAUGAUAUUUACAGAGAUUAGAGAUGUUUUGUAUUCUCGUCAAUGAUCGUGAAGUCCGCUUUUCAAUCCACUGUCACUGCAAAUCAUGUUCCUCUCAUUCCUCUGACAGACACACAAUAUAACCAAUAGAAAAGCUGCGGGCGGGGCUUCAGGUAAGGGACCGUCUUUAUUAUUAAACCCUUGAACGUUUCAGUCUUUAGAUUUUUCUUCUAAGAAACUAUUAGUAUUCCAGGCAGACAUUAUUCCUACUUUAUUUUAAGUAUUCAUAAAACUGCGCCUCGCAUCAACAUAUCUAUUGAUACAAAAUGUAUUGUUGAGCAUUUAUGUAUCUCCACUUUCAAUAAAAUCACAUUUUUAUCUAAAUUCAUUGCCGUUUGAUUUUAUUUAGUACGUUGUCGAUUUUUCUUUCCCGAAUCAUUUCAUUUACUUCAUCUUUUGUUUUUGAUCCUUGGUGAGAUGUUUUAGAAUUCUAAUGUGUUACAACAUCAAUUGUUACAAACGCUUAUUUGUGCCGACCUUACUUUUACACAAAUCAUUUAAUUUCCAUUGACUUUUACUAUUACAUUAUGCAUUGUGUGGUAGUGUAUAUACUGUAUAUCUUUUAUUGAUUCAGUUCUACGGUUGUAAUCCAUUCUCUGCGCGCUAAAAAUUUGAUCGUAAAUAUUCGUUCGCUUGUCUCGAUCUAACAAAAAACGACGCUCCCUAACACACGCCAUCUGUCCGCAAGCCCCGCCCUCCCGAGCGCGAGACAACAGGGCGCCUGGAAACAGGUUCGAACAGCUCGGCUCACACACGGUAACGCACACACGGUAACUCGCGCGCCGAAACUCUUUCUUCGCGCUUGACGCUCGCGUUGAUUUCUGCAGUCGCUCGCGGAGCGCCGUCACGGGCGCCGCUUUUUACUUUCCGAAAAGUUUCCGCUGGAGUAAAAUCCGACUCGGACGGAUAAACCGACAAAGGACGCGGCAGCGCUGGCGGGCGGGCGAGCGCGUACAAGCUGACGAUGGCCGCUCGCGAUGCCUCCGCGAUUCUCCUGCUCGCGCUGGGAAUACUGGGAGCGAGCGGACAGUACGGAGACCGCGGGAUGUCGGUGCCCGAGCACGGCUUCUGUCAGCCCAUCACCAUCCCGCUGUGCACGGACAUCGCGUACAACGAGACCAUCAUGCCGAACCUGCUGGGGCACACGAACCAGGAGGACGCGGGGCUGGAGGUUCACCAGUUCUACCCGCUCGUCAAGGUGCAGUGCUCGCCGGACCUCAAGUUCUUCCUGUGCUCCAUGUACGCGCCCGUGUGCACGGUGAUGGAGCAGGCGCUGCCGCCGUGCCGCUCGCUCUGCGAGCGCGCGCGUCAGGGCUGCGAGGCGCUGAUGAAUAAAUUCGGCUUCCAGUGGCCGGACAGUCUGGCGUGCGAGUCGUUCCCGGUGCACGGCGGCGAGCUGUGCGUGGGCCAGAACACGUCCGAGCAGCCCGCGCACCCGACUCCCGACGCGACGCUCCCGGCGCCCGACCACGUCGCGAGGGGGCACUUCAAAUGCCCCGCGUCCCUAAACGUGCCCCCGUACCUCAACUACCGCUUUCUGGGCGAGGAGAACUGCGCCGCGCCCUGCGAGCCCAAGAAGCACCACGGGAUGAUGUACUUCAGCGAGGACGAGCAGAAGUUCGCGCGCAUCUGGAUCGGCAUCUGGUCGGUGCUGUGUUGCGCGUCCACUCUCUUCACCGUUCUGACGUAUCUGGUGGACAUGAAGCGCUUCAGUUACCCGGAGAGACCCAUCGUGUUCCUCUCCGGGUGUUACGCCAUGGUGUCCGUCGCCUACAUCGCCGGAUUUCUUCUGGAGGACAAAGUGGCGUGCAACGAAAAGUUCGACAACGACUUGCGGACGGUGGUCCAGGGCACCAAAAAGGAGGGCUGCACCAUCCUCUUCAUGAUGCUGUACUUCUUCAGCAUGGCCAGCUCCAUCUGGUGGGUCGUCCUCGCGCUCACCUGGUUCCUCGCCGCCGGGAUGAAAUGGGGUCACGAGGCCAUCGAGGCCAACUCGCAGUACUUCCACCUGGCGGCGUGGGCAGUGCCCGCCAUCAAGACCAUCGCCGUCCUGGCCGUGGGUCAGGUGGACGGGGACGUCCUCAGCGGCGUGUGCUUCGUGGGCAUCAACAGCGUGGACGCGCUUCGCGGCUUCGUGCUGGCGCCGCUGUUCGUGUAUCUCUUCAUCGGCACGUCGUUCCUCCUGGCGGGCUUCGUGUCGCUCUUCCGCAUCCGCACCAUCAUGAAACACGACGGCACCAAGACGGAGAAGCUGGAGAAGCUGAUGGUGCGCAUCGGCAUCUUCAGCGUCCUGUACACGGUGCCGGCCACCAUCGUGAUCGCCUGCUAUUUUUACGAGCAGGCCUUUCGGGACCAGUGGGAGCAGACGUGGACCGCGCAGUCGUGCAAGACGUACGCCGUGCCGUGUCCCACGCACAACCCUCAUAUGAGCCCGGACUUCACGGUGUUCAUGAUCAAGUAUCUGAUGACCCUGAUCGUGGGCAUCACCUCCGGCUUCUGGAUCUGGUCCGGCAAGACGCUGAACUCGUGGAGAAAGUUUUACUCGAGACUGGCCAACAGCAAGCAGGGAGAGACCACCGUGUGACCCUCUUGAGCGCUUGUUUUCUACCUUUGUGUUUAAAUCUCACUUGGAUAUCAGUCGCUCGUCUUUUUUUUUUUACUCAAAGGAACUUUUUAUUCGCUGAUUAUUUAUACCUCCACCGCAACGGGACGCGGAGAUUUUCGUGGAAUAUUUUGGGUCUCGCGCGUCGUGCUUUUUUAAAGCGUGCCUGUACAACUUUAUGACGGUAUUUCCGUGGGGAAAUGUGCCAAGCUCGCGUUUUGCAAAUAAGACAUAAACUCAGAGAUUGUGCAGAACACGUCAUGGAAACACUCGCGAAUGAUGCUGCUGCGUGCUGGUGAAUUAUUGGACUGUUGGAAACUUUCAUUUGCAAAAGGAGCUAAAACACAUGACAGUAAGUGCUCACGGUUGAAGAAACAGAAGUGCCUUCUUUCGUUUGGAAUGAGCGUUGGAGCGCGCGCGUAUCUGCGGUGGUAUCUGCACUUAUGUCUAACUCCAAUGAAUAACACAUUUCCUCUGGAUGUCUGUUUCUGAACGGUACGUGUUCUUCUUGGUUUAAACGUGCCACUUCUGCACAGAAUGGACUCUAAAGUACAGCUAGAAAACAGAAUCAGUUAAUGUUGCUCAUGAAUAUGAUGUGUAAAUGUGACCCAGCAGUAGACCACGGGCCCUGUGAGUGAUGGACCGAUACAUCGACAUAAGAACAUUAAUAAACGGAUAUUUGGCUUUUGAGCUCAUCUCUUAUAAAAACCUCAAUCAUGGUUUUAUUUAUAUAAAUAUUUUUUUGGCAGAGUGGUUAUCAAUAUAGCAGGGGGUUUACUACAGAUAUCAUGGUUAAACUAUGGCAAGUCCAUUGUAUUUGUGGUUACUAUAGUAAAUAAAUGAAGUCAUAAAACAAAAUAAAAAUAGAGUUGUUUUUGAAUAUUUCCUGUCAUUUUAAAGUGAAUGAUGUGAACAUGAUGAUGAUGAUGAUGUCAUGGAUGGGUUGCCCUGAAUCAGGGUUUCCUCGUAUAUAUUAUCCAGGGUUUUUUACAGAACACUGGUGACUGUCUAUGGUAAAUAUCUCUGGUGCAAAUGAAUGUUUUUGCUUUUUUCUGUGUUAAAGUACAUGUGCCUGUGUUUUAAAUCCUGUGUUCGUCUCAAAUGCUUCACGCAUGAAUUUAAAAAAGCAUUUAAUCUCACGACAAGCAUGAAAUGUCUACAAGUCUGUUUUUUCUGCUUGUAAUACUAUAAAAAGCCCUUUAUAUUUAUAGACAAUAGUUUAUAUAUUCACUUCUCUACAGAAUAAAGCUCACAUUUCUACAUAAUGAUCCUGUUUUUUGGCACGUUUGUUCUGUUUUUGCAGAAGGGGGUGG